UUAAUGCAAUCAUUAUACGGAGGAAGAAAAAUCUCUUAUCUUCUCGCCUUUCCUUUUUCUGCGAUCCUCCUUCUCCCUAAUUUUUCUCCAAUUAUUCCUCCUAUUUUCUGCAACCCUAAUAAUCUCCAAUUUCUUCAUCCACAAGCCUUCCUCUCACUCCACUGAUCAUUUCUCUGUUUUUCUCCAGAUCAUUCGAUCGCAAUUUUUUUUAUUUUUCUGGAUUCGGAUCUUUGUUAAUUUCAGGAGUUUAAUUUCUGGAUUUCGGAAUCCUUGAAACUCCGUGGAGAAUCGGUGAAGACGAGCUUCGGAAAACGGACGGCUAAUAAAGCUUUUGAUCGGUGAUUAAAAAGAAGGUAUAUGAUGGCGACUUUGCAAGGGCCGGUAAUUUGCCCAACCGUUCGCGCAAAACAAUCGGGGUUUGACACUCUGCCUGUGGUAGGCCCUUUGGUGAAGGCGGGUUUUUCUUCUCGCUCUCGAAAUGCUAGAAAAUGCUCAAGAGUGCAUUGCAUUUUCAGUUCGUCGUCGGAUGGCAACGGAAGCAUGGCGGAGAAUUUCAAUGAAAAUGAUGAAGAUUAUGUCAACUCUAGCGUACUUGAAGCCGUCGAGGUGAAGAGCGGAAUUGAUGGAUUCAUGAUCAAAAUGCGGGAUGGUAGGCACAUGAGGUGUGUCCAUAACAAUCCUCAGGGGGGCCAUCUCCCCGAUUAUGCUCCGCAUCCUGCAAUUGUAUUGAAGAUGGAAGACGGGACCGGUCUUCUUCUCCCAAUAAUUGUUUUGGAGAUGCCUAGUGUGUUGCUCAUGGCAGCGGUCCGCAAUGUUCCUAUUGCUAGGCCAACUAUGUAUCAAGUGGUGAGGGAGAUGAUUGACAAGAUGGGUUAUGAGGUCCGACUUGUCAGAGUCACCAAGAGAGUGCAUGAGGCGUAUUUUGCUCAGUUAUACCUCAGAAAGGCAGGUAGUGAGACAGAAUGUGUCAGCUUCGACCUUCGGCCUUCAGAUGCCAUCAACAUUGCUGUACGAUGCAAGGUUCCCAUACAGGUCAACAAGUACCUGGCAUACAGUGAUGGAAUGAGAGUUAUUGAAUCGGGAAAGUUCUCGACUCAGGGCCCUGCUUCAGAUGGAUUAUUAUUUACUGAACUGGAUCGGCCAAAUGGUCAACCAUGUGUUGAAACGAAGGAGUUUAAUCUCGUGCGCAACAUGCUUAUUGCUGCAGUUGAGGAACGCUAUAGAGAUGCUGCUCAGUGGAGGGACAAGCUCCUCCAACUUCGUGCUAGAAAGAACUUGGCAUGACAGAAUCGCCCGUAGGUAUUUAAAGUUGUACAUAGACAGCAUUCUUGGAAGUUUGAUAAGCUCAUCGGCUGCACCCGCAAUCCGCCAUGCAUCUCUGCUCUUCUUAUAUAUAUAUAUAUUUAAUGUAAAAAACCUGUGAAUAUUGUAAGCAAUGAUAUGUAUAAUAUCUAGACCGUAGAUAAACUUACUCGCAAUGUAAUGGCACUUCUUGGUUUCUGCUAUUAUUCUGCCACUUAA